AGGGACGCCAUUUUGUAAACUCAAGUGAAGAAAAUGUCCUGCACACGACCCUAAUAUUAUUGUUUUCAACUUUUGCACGCCUAAAGAAAGUCAAAGAAAAUGCAGAUAGGAAAUAUUUUGGUUUGUUCCAUGGUUUUGUUUAGUGGAUUGAUUACAUCUGAAAGUCAAAAUGGCACAAAUCUCCCCAACUGGCAUGUACAUCUGCAUGAGGAGGAGGGCGGCAAUGUUACGUUUAAUGUGACCUUGGAUGCCAUCACAUUAGAAGAAAGCUACUUCUUUAUACAGAAACUCUUUGUUAAAUAUGGUGACCAACAUCAGCUCAAUCUCACUGGAUUUACCAAGCUACUCAACAGUCUAGGCUUAGGGAUUCAUAGCCAUGAUGAUCAUCACCAACACAAGAGAUCACUGGAACAAACCCAUGUCCAUUCCAGUCAUCAGGAGUGUCUGUCAGUGUCAGAAAUUUUAGAAGCUUUCCACCUAGCAUCACAUAAAAGACUUACCAAAGAGGAGUUUGUCUUCUUGUGUCCAGCCUUGCUGCACCAGCUGGACCUGGAAGUCUGCCAUCACCACCAGUACCAUCAGAUGCUUGACGAGCCUGUCCACGCUCAGCCUCAGGCCUACAACAUUCACGACAUUCCAGCCAAAGUGUGGGGAUACAGUUUUAUAGCAGUGCUGAUUAUAAGUCUAGUUGGACUGCUGGGUGUGGCUGUGAUACCCAUCAUGCAGAAAGUAUUCUACAAUCAUCUCCUGCAGUUUCUUGUGGCACUGGCCAUAGGCGCUUUGUCUGGGGAUGCUCUGUUACACCUGUUACCUCAUGCUCUGAUGGGCUCACAUGAGAGCAGCAACUCCACGAGUGAGCAUAAACACGAGGGAGACGGCCACGAGCACACACAGGCGGCCUGGAAGGGUUUGAUGGCCUUGGGUGGGAUCCUGUUCUUCUUCAUCACUGAGAGGCUGCUGACCAUUGUCACGGUCAUCAAAAGGAAUAGGAACUCAGAGCGUCAGAUAAAGAAGAAAAGAUGUGAGCAGUUCUGUGCUAUUGAGUCCAACAAGGCAGCAGUCGGCUCCAAGCUGAGCCACAGACAGGCCAGUGAGGACGAGUGUGAUCGUACAGUCAUGCUGGUACACCCAAAUAAAGUUUGUUGUCUAGCUACUGAGAAGGUUUUGGCCAAUAUGUUAGUGAACUGUUUGUUUUGGUAUUUUAAGCCAGCUCUUAAGAGUUACGCUGACGCAGCCCAUGACGAGUUCUUACAUCAAUGUGACGAGGAACUGGUCCAGACUUCAGGCAAGUCUGCUGACUGUGAUGUGGAAACAUCCUUGAUGGAGUUGAGCACCAAAAACAUGGACUCAAACAAUGGAGUCAGCUACUCCAAGACUGGGCACUCACACGGUCACGCCCACACUGUACCCAACUCUGUGUCAGCUGUUGCUUGGAUGGUCAUACUAGGUGAUGGCAUCCACAACUUUAGUGAUGGUUUGGCUAUUGGUGCUUCAUUUGCUAACAGUAUCAUAGGGGGAAUGAGCACGUCUAUAGCUGUGUUUUGUCAUGAGCUGCCCCAUGAGAUAGGUGACUUUGCUGUAUUGCUGCGAGCAGGAAUGACAGUCAAACAGGCUGUUCUGUACAACUGCCUGUCGUCCUUGCUGUGUCUGAUUGGGAUGGUCAUUGGUGUUGCCAUUGGCAACGUGGCUUCAGCCUCACUCUGGGUGUUUGCUAUAGUGGGGGGAAUGUUCUUGUAUAUUGCUCUAGUGGACAUGCUACCUGAGAUGAGCUCUGUUGAUCCAAAGAAGGGAGAGAAUCCAUUCCUACAUCUCCUGAUCCAGGUGGCCGGCAUUUUGCUGGGCUCUGGAAUUAUGCUGCUUAUUGCCCUUUAUGAGGACGAGAUUAAAAAAUCUUUUAGCUAAGGCUCACAACUGUGAAAACUUGCUGUUGGAAUA